UUGUUCUUCUGUGUCAGCCAAUCAUCCCCUCAGAAAAGAUGGCAUCAGGCUUUCCGUUUGCUUUGUUACUCUGUUUGUCCAUCGGACUGUUGGCUCCAUCCUGUUAUGGACAAACCUCCGACACAGAUUCAGAAAUUGUCCCACCAGGGAGUGGAGAAGCAACAGACCCCUCAUCCUCCUCUUCGGAUUUGAGACAAGGUUCCUGCCCUCCUGGUUGGACUCAUUUCGGCUCUCGCUGUUUCAGUUUCUACUUCCAGAGAAAGACUUGGGUCGAUGCAGAGAAAGUCUGCAAGGCCGCCGGUGGGAAUCUGGCUUCAGUCCACUCAGCAGAGGAAUAUGAUUUCCUCAAAACCUACAUUCACCAAGUGACCGGUGAAAACAAAGUUACCUGGAUCGGAGGCUUUGACUCAGUGCAGGAGAGCGAGUGGAUGUGGUCUGAUGGAUCCACAUUCGACUACACAAGCUGGGAUCCGAAUCAGCCUGACAACGAAGGUGGAGUUGAGCACUGUCUUGAGAUGAACUAUCACGACAACUGGAACGAUUACCCGUGUGAUAAAACACGUCAUUUCCUGUGCGCCAAGAAGCUGUGAGGCCUCCCGCCAUCAUGAUCUCACUACAGCUCAUCUAUAAUCUCUAUCAUUGAUUCACUUUCAGUUUGUUGUGCAGACAGAAACAGCUCUCUGCUGACAGACUCACUUUCACUUGUUUAUUAUCUGAGGAGUUGGGAAACGGUUCACAUUUGAGUUUUAACAUUAGACGGAAACUGAACGUUCUGUGAUACAAGAGGAGUUUGUGGUCUGUUGGGUUCUUUAUUCAUCGGUUUUCCUUCACUUUAUAAUCAAUAAGCAUUACAAAAUAAAAGACCUAUUGUAACAAACA